AUGAACUUUCGCGAUUUCCUUUUCACUUCAGAGACGAAGGAAUCUGUUCGCAACACUUAUCUCACUUAGACACACCUCACUUCAAUCUUCUCUCACUUAGUUCAUUCUUUCACGUCUUUUCAGUCCCGCUGGUGCUCGAACCGGCUGCAGCACAGCGCUGCCUAAUUUCUCUUCUUCCUGUCCUUUCUCUGUCGUCGGCGCACACCAUCAUCUGCAAACAGCAUCAUGGAUUCAACCGCUCGCAAGAAAGAAAGUUCGUUCCGGAACCAGGAAAGACGCGGUGGUGAAGGAACAAUGAAGCCUUCGUCCAUCAACGAUUUGAGCGAGUCGAGUUUCUCAUUCAAGAAUCACGUUGCUGCCUCCUCGUCAGAAGACUUCAUACUUGACAUUACUAGAUACAUUCCUGUCGGUUGUUUGCGAGUCGACAGAGGAGAAUGUGACAUACCUGCAGUGGACUGGAGCUCAUGCCGCGGCUGGGCUGCCUUUCCACAUGAAAAAGAUAUCUCAAGCCGUCGAGGUGGAUCAUAUCUCAGCAAAGAACUGCAGUCGCUAUUCUUCAACAACUCUUUGGUCAAACCAUAUCUUGGUCUGCAUUAUGCUGGCUGGAUCAGGCUGGAAUUCAAGUCAAACGAUUCUGACCAUGGCCAGAUUAGAGUCUACAUUCUCCCUGAUGAUUCUGCACGAGCGGUGGUUGAUCGAGAGUCAAUUGUCCUCCGCAGGGCCUUACAUACUUUGUUGACACAAUUGGAUAUUUCUCUCACAACUUGGAACGGCGACUGCUCGGCAUGGUUCCAUGUCGACCCGUCUCUUGACCGAAGCUCGAAAGAAGAACCUUCGCUGUUUGAGGUAUUCAAUACUUUGCCUUCCCCCAAGCCAAACCCAUCAAUCGUACCAGACGAAGACAUUCGCUAUACGAUGGAUAUGCUUCUGAAGAGUGAAGUUCCAGGACUCAAGACUACCAUGCACAAUUACCAGUGCCGAUCUGCAGCACUUAUGCUUCAACGAGAAUCUUUCCCAGGUCAGAUCAACGACCCGAGACUGAUACCUCAACUCGACCAGAACGGUGCAUCGUGGUACUGUGAUCUCGAUCGUGGAAUGUGUUUCCGAGAUCCGAAAACAUAUGAAGCAGUCAGAGGUGGCAUCCUCGCAGAAACCAUGGGUCUGGGCAAGACUUUGAUUUGCUUAGCAUUAAUUCUUGCCACACGACAAUUCUCAUCUCAAAUCCCACAGGAGUGUUCGAUAGGAUCCAUCCCGGUCAGAAAGACGACUGGUUCGUUGCUGGAAAUGGUUGCUGCACAAAUUGGACGAACAGGUAUCCCCUGGAAGGACGAAUUUAGUCAGCUCGAAGCUUCUGAAGGCUCCCACCUUGAGAAAUGUCGUGAUGCACUGGAGAAGGGGGCAGGUCACUACUUCUUACCUCCUCCAGAACCUCGCCGACUAUCGAGACACAUUGGCAAUGUUCCGGCUCGAAAGUUAUGGCUCUGCACUACUACCAUUGUGGUCUGCCCUCCGAACUUGGUUCAACAAUGGCGUUCAGAGAUCGAGAAGCAUACCACAGGCCUAAAGGUGCUGUAUCUCCGUGCUCCAUCAGAUCGACUCCCAACUGCCAGAGAGUUGACAGACUAUGACAUCAUUCUAUUCAGUAAGGUUCGCUUCGAAGCCGAAGGGAAAGAGAAUUUCGAUGGCUAUCAGUCUCCACUAAAAGACCUCCACUUCAAACGCCUAAUUGUGGAUGAAGGUCAUUCGUUUGGUAAUAGCAGUACGAAAACCAUGGCUGACAUUGCUGUUGAGUCUCUUCGGAUUUCAGCCCGCUGGAUCGUCUCCGGGACACCUACACAGGGACUGGGUGCUCUGGGUCGUACUGGCCGACUGCCUAGUGUCCGUGUGCCUUCCAACAACGACUCCAACGACGAAUACGACGACUUCAACGACCAAGGAACAAAUGGCUCCGAUUCUCCGUCCAAAACCUCCGAGCAACAGAGUGAGCUGUUCAAGCAAGAGCGGCGUGACUUGGAGAAGCUUGGCCAGAUUGCUACAUCCUUCCUUCAGGCUCGUCCGUGGGCUAAUUCUGUGUUCGGUAACGAUCAUGCAUCAUGGUCUCAGCUUGUUAUGCAGCCUCGCCAUGGCACUAAGAGUCGAGGCAACAUGCAUUCUUUGAAGGUAACCCUAAAGGGUUUGAUCGUCAAGCAUAAGCCCGAGGACAUAACUGAUGAUGUUACACUGCCACCCUUGAUCCAGAAAGUCGUAUAUCUAGAUGGCUCCAUUCAAAAUAAGCUCUCUUUGAAUACAUUUACCAUGAUGAUCAUUACCAACGCAGUCACUUCCGAACACAAGGAUGCUGAUUACUUCUUCCAUCCAAAGCAACGGAAACACUUGCUGCAAUUAGUUUCGAACUUGCGCCAAGCAAGCUUCUUUUGGUCGGGCUUUGAUCACGAGCAUGUUCAAAAUACGAUCAAGCAUGCAAAGGAUUUCUUAGAAGAAAGAAAGGUUCCCGUCACGGCAGAUGAUGAGGCACUUCUGCUUCAAGCAAUUGACAUGGGCGAAGUUAUCCUUAAAAAUCAUGUCUGGCAGGCGAUCAGCAAAGGGCAUGAGAUGCCCAUGUGCGUCGAGAAUAAUUUCUCGGACGAUGUCAGAUCUAUUUGGUCACUCACGAACAAUGCAAGCAAUCCUACACUCAUGGGUGCGACUAUGGUCCAUGAAGUUCAGAAGUUCGUUGACGCCCACAUAACUGAGGAGGACACUGUAGACGGAUUGUUCGAAGCUGGUGAAGAGGUCAUGAAAUCGGCGUCGAACGCACUACAUCCAGCUCCCAGGGCCUGGACCAAAACCCAAAAGGAGAAGAAGAAUUUGACAGCUACUAAGAAGUCCAAAGAAGAAGCACCUGAAUUGGCUGGCGGUGUCACGGUAGGAGUCGCUGGGAGUCCGAAGAAGAGAAUUCGUGCUGCUGCGGUAUCAAGUACCAAGACGGAUGCAGCAGUAACGAAACCGGUCCUAGCCAACGUUGAGGGCAGACUUAAGGCCAGCCAGUCUUCGGCAGAGGACCUCAACGAAGAAGAGGACAUGCCAAGCAACGACGGGACACUAUUUCAAACCUAUGCAUCUGCACUAAGAGACUUGACCGGAUCCGAGCAGACUGCAUUUGUGGACUUGACCGAAUCUAAGGAGAUGCCAAGUACUGACCCUCCGGUAUCCGCUCAAUUGGUAUCGACUGCAUCUGCAAAACUUUCCUACCUGAUGGAUAGGAUACUCCGCCACCAGUCGCAGGAAAAGAUCCUCGUCUUCUACGAAGCCGACAAUGUUGCAUUCUACAUUGCUCAAGCUCUAGAAUGCCUCGGUAUCAAACAUCUGAUCUAUGCUAAGACACUUUCAUCUGCACGUCGGGCUCAGUACGUAGUGACCUUUAACCAGUCAGAAAAGUUCCGUGUUCUUCUCAUGGACGUCUCUCAAGCAGCCUUUGGCUUGGACAUAAGCAGUGCUUCGAGGGUAUAUUUUGUCAACCCCGUGUUUUCCCCUCAGGUGGAGGCACAAGCAGUCAAACGAGCCCAUCGUAUUGGUCAAACAAAACCUGUAUACGUUGAGUCAUUGGUUCUGAAAGGCAGUAUUGAAGAGGUCAUCGUCAAACGUCGAGAAGCGAUGAAUAAUGAAGAGCACACCAAGUGCAAGAGCAUUCUGGAUGACCAGACGGUGUACGACUGGAUUCGCAAUGCUCGAUUCAGAUCCUUCCCUUCCAAUGAGAUAUCCGUCCAAGAUCAGAUGGCAAAACUUGCUGUCCCACAACAACUGUUUGGUAGAGGAUAUUCUGGCAAACUCUACCCCGAUACGGAUUUCAUUAUCGACGAUACGAGCUCGGAAAGAGCAGGAAACGAAGAUUCCAACCCUGGUUUCGAGAUCGUAUCCGCAAGUCCACUUCUCCGGCGCCCAACUCAAGGAGGCAAGAGAGAAGUGAUCGUGAUUUCUGAUGAUGACGAGGCCGAUAACGAUCAAAACGAUAAGGAUGGGCUCAGCCCUAAGCCGAGACGAAAGAGGGCAAAAACGACAAAUUCUGAACCUGAGUUCGUACCUCUAGAAGUGCCACAAGAAGCCGAGAGCUCGCGCAGCAACGCACAGUCGGAAGGUGGCGAUGACGAUGACGAUGACGAUUGGCUGGCACAUGCUGACUCUGACGAGGAGCUAGAUAUCUAAGAGGCUUGGACUAAUUGUAUUAUAUGAGGAGCAUUUGGCUCUAUGUAGAGUAGACAAACAGCGUGAACUUCACAGCAUGGACAUUACAGCGAGGACAUAGCAGCUAAUGCAGUCAAUC